AGUCACGGGAGAGUCACGGAAGUAUAUAUAAGUUAUUAUCGGUUUGUUUUCACUAAUUCGCUUCUUCUUCACUAAUAUUCGUGCUUGGAGCGGUUGUAUAUCGUGCGAGUGGACCAGGUAUUUUGCAUCAUGCAGGCGGAAUCUAACCAAUACGAGAAAUCCAAAGAGAACUCCAGGUUAUUAUACACAUCACGCGAUGAACAGGAAAUUGAUUCCUACAGCGAAGAUAUGAUACUCUCAGGUAAAAGAUAACAUUAAAGUCGUUUAAUCACAGGGCGCCCACACAAUCUGCUUGUGCAGCCGAUUGUUAUUUUAUAGUAAAUGUGCUGGAUUUACCGUUUGCCUCGUUCGCCGUUGACUGUUCCUUCUAUUAUAAGGAACAGUCAACGGCGAACUCAAACUCCUUCAAAAUCGCUCAAAAAACCGCUUUUGAGGCAAAAGGAAGAUUAUAUACUAUAUGUAAGGUAAUUAAACGUUUAUUUAUCAUUGAUUUAUAUACAUAGUUAGCAACAUAUCGGUACAGGUGAGGCAAACGGUGAAUCCAGUACAUUUGCUAUAAAAUAACUAUCGGCUACACGAACAGAUUGUGUGGAGGCCCUCUGGUUUAAUGAGACCUGCUUGAUGUCUCAAGUGACUCAGAUACCCGGUUUCUUACGUGAUAGAAAAAAUAAGGUUACCGAUUUUUCUGAGGCUGCCAAAUUCUGAAAGGCUCUUGUAAGUUUUUACAAAGCUAUGAUCAUUUCAAGAUUUUACGCAAAUUAGGCUCAAGCAAUGCCUUACCGGUAACAGCCAUGUCGAGGUGACUUUAUUUCAGUCACAACGAAAUCACGCUAUGGUCACGCCAGUUGGGCACGAAACUUAGAAAAUGCUUCCGACCAUACACUAGGGGACGAAGUUGAAUAUAUAAUUUUUUUUAUAUUAACAAGCACAGGAGUUUGGUCUUGAGUAGUAAUCAUUGAUCGUUUAUUGCGACAGUGCUGUUUCGUAUGGUCCGAAAUUGUAGGACGACACUCAAGUUGUCAGACUGGAGAGAGUUGCUAUGCCUCAAGGGCUAGAAUUGCCGUAGAAUGUAUUAUAUUAGAGACUAGCUCACAAUGCAAAGUAGGUCUGGUAAACCGCAUGAAACACUGAAAGAUCCUAAUAAAAUAUUUACAGUUUUUACUUAAAAUAUGAAAAUAGGCAGUUUUAUUAAAAAAUAGACUUAUGACAUCAUAUCCCAGUACAUAGCAGCUUAUUCUCUCCAAACAUUAUCAAAAUGAAUCUAAGGGAUGCGAACAGCUACAAGAAACAGCAUGUCCUAAAAACUUCUCCUUGCAUGUCCGAUAGUUAAUUAACACAAUAAUAAGAAAAUAACUAUUCACAGACUACUAUUGUUAAAUUUCGUUAAGAUCAACCAACACGAGGAUUUCAUCUUGACACAAGAAAGAUGCUGAUUGGUGUUGCCAUAGUGAUCGGCAUCGCUCUGUCCUGGGUGGGUUCGACGCAGUUCGCUCAGAGUACAUACUCACCGGAGUUCAAUGCACCGUUUUUUGUCACGUGGUUCUCAACUUCCUGGAUGCUAGUAGUUUUUCCUGCCUAUUUUUUGCCAGGACUACUGAAAGGAAAAACGAUUAUUCAGUUUUACAGGUGAGCUCAAUAGGCCAUUUCUGAGUUUCAAAAUUUCCCAUUUUCAAAACGGGGCUAAGGGCAAAACCUUUUUUACUGAAAACGAGUUUUAUUUGCAUGAGAAUAGAGAACUAUUUUCAUAUUAAUUGUCUCGCACUCAGCUUCGUUCUGAAACAGAGGCUAAAGGGGUUAAUAAAUAGAGAUGAAGGUCCUUUUUUUCAAAACUUACAUUACUAAGAUAAGAUUCAUUUAGAAAUGUUUCAACAGCCUAAUUAAAGAUUGACACCGUAUUCCUCUAAAAAUCACAACCAAAUAGAUUUCUGCCUACUGCAAGUCAGACAUUGAAUCAGGAUGUGUACGAAUAUAAAAGCCUUUCCUAAGAUACAAGACUUUCUACAUUGCUUCAAAUCGAUUUAUCUAUUGGAGGAAAACUUAAAGCCUAAAGAAAGCGCAACCAAAAAGUGGGAGCUUUUAAAAAACUUUAUUUUGAAGGACUGUGUUAGUUUCUCCUCGUAGUUGUCAGUCCCUAAAUCCGUACAAGCCUUGACAACCUUCCUUCACUGCUUACUCAAAUAAAUCAAGCAAUGCGCAAUGCAUGACAGUUUGCGCUUUAAUGUUUUUAGUUUAACUUGUAAGCACCGCUUAAUCUAAUCUGUUUAACGUCUGUAAGUACCUGUUUGAAAAGAUUGCAAUAAAAAAUGAGUUUACGUUUGAAAACGCGUAAGAUACUUUCCAACACCUCUUCGCUUAUCUUCACACUAAAAUUCCCCAAAACGCUGGCCGACAUAACAUAAAAAUGGAUAACAUCAGCUUAAUUAAUCGUUUUUAAUCCGGCAAUUUUGAUGUUGCUAAAUUACUGAUUGCUUAAUCCUUUUUGCAGAGAUAGAUUUAUAUUGGUAAACUUUGACACAAGAGUUCAUGUCUUGUUGUGAUUGUUAACUUGUUUUAGAGAAAGUGAAAAGGUGUUUGGAAGUCAAGGCCUGCAUCUUAAGUCCUUAAUCAAAUACGUGGGUCCGUUCUGUUUGCUGUGGAUGUUGACGAACUAUUCUUUCGUUCGUGCUCUCGGCGUGAUCCGGGCAGCGGAUGUCACGGCGCUGUUUUCAUCCUGUAAUGCUUUUGUUUAUGUGUUCUCCUUGAUUUGGCUAAGGGAAAGGCUAGGCAUUGUUAAGGUGAGACGAAAGAUAUGUUAAGUGUUCCCAAAAUUAAGCCACGGUAAAACGGGCAUCAGAAACGUGCAACUUGGUUUGCAACAUUGCUGCAAAACUCGUUUUAUCACCCACGUUCAAACCUGUUUUGCAACACUGAAUCAGGUUGUCGCAAGUUGUGUGAAUACUGACUUCUGAUUGGAUAAAAUUACGCGGGAGUCAAGCCAUACAGUUGAGGUACGUCACUUGCUGCAAAACAAGUUUGCAUUGGGCCGGUAAAACUCGCAACAUGUACAGAUUUUGUUGCAAAAAGUAGGAGUACUCCCUACUUUCUGCAACAACUUUUAGCAACCUACAAAAACCUGAUUUGUCGCAAGAUAGGUUUGAUUCGUCGGUGGUGAAACACGCAACAUCGCAAUUCAACUUUUUGUUUUGCAGAAAUGUCGCAAAACAAGUUGCAAGUUUUUGUUGCCCGUUUGUUCCGUUUUAAGCAACGACGAAGAUGAUAGCAGUCAAAAACUCGCUAAAAAUUAAUUCACGUUCUUUAAAACGUUAUCGCGUCCUUUUAGAUCCGCUCAAAUAGUCAAAUAUGGGCGGUUUUUCCUGGAUUUUAAUUUUUUUAGACUGUAUCCAGGUUAAAAAAGGAAAAAGAGAAUUCGUCUUCGUAUGUUCACGUCCUCAAUCCAUGAACGUCGCAUUAGGAGGUUUGACGUCUUAGUCCUGCUGUGUAUGUGCGUCAAAGAUAUGUACCAAAAAGCGUGAUGCACGUCGUGCAAAACUGUUGUUUUGCUCAUAAAGCCCGUUGUUUUUUGACGUUGUCGUCGUCUUGGUGAUAAUGUUGUCAAAGCUCCCUUCACUUGAAUAAAUUUAUCUUCCUCAUUGACAAGCUUCACUAUGUUUAAAUUCAUUCUAAAAUUACCAGGUAACGGCAGUCCUGUUAUGUAUUGGCGGUAUAGUGAUGAUGGCUUAUGCCGAAGGUUUUGAAGGACCGAACGCUGCCGGUGUAAUACUGUCCGUAGCUGCAGCUAUUGGGGCUGCUUUGUACAAGGUAACUUCUGAAGUACUGUUAGGGUCUCAAACGCAACCAACAUGCGUGGCCCCUGUGAGAAAGUGCAUGUUGUAACCCCGAGAAUACAAUACGGUUAGUGUGAAAGGGGCUAUCUGACGUCACUGUUUUAAGCCCCUUGAAAACGGGCGCAACAUUGAGUGUAUUUAUACGAACACUUUCACGUCCAGGGUAAGCCGUGGCUUGGAUAGGCCCAGCACAAAACUGCUCGGCCAGGAUAAGCCGCGGGUUGAAUAAUCUGUGAACGUAGAUUUUGUACCAUUUACAGCUAUUCAGAAAGGUUGUUGGAAAAAAUGUGCACGCGAGAACCCUAACCCUAACCCUUACCCUAACCCAUUCUAUCUAUUUCUAGAUAAUUUUUACAUUUUAGAUUUUUUUUUUUAGUGGUUUGUAAAGCGCCUUUGGAUGCCUGCAGAAAAGGCGCUAUAUAAAUUUGUUAUUAUGAUUAUGAUUAUUAUUAUUAUUGUCAUCAUCUCACCCCCCCACCUCUCCCCGCCCCCCACUAGGGAUGUACAAUUUGUGUGAGACAUGUAUUCGCAUCGUUUUUAGGGUCGUCACGCAACGCUGAAGAAGCAUUGCGUGACGACCCUCUACAGAAGGAGACUAUACAUGCCCAUGCCGCCUGUUUUUAAUUUAGGUGUGGUUCAAAAGGAUCGUAGGAGAUGCUACAUUGGGUCAAGUUUCUCUGUUUCUGUCCUGUCUUGGCCUGCUAAGCACAUUACUUUUCUGGCCAAUUAUCGUCAUCUUUCAUCUCACACACUACGAAGACCUCACCUGGAGAAAUAUUCCAUGGAAAUAUCUUUGUGGACAUGCAUUUCUAGGGAUAAUUUUUAACUUUUUGAUUAACUUCGGUAUUGCCUUCACGUACCCUUUGUUUAUCUCUCUGGGCACCGUUCUCGGGAUUCCUAUCAAUGCUUUGACAGAUUUUCUCUUCCGAGGUUCAGCGUUCGGUGGUUUUAAGAUAGUCGCUGCAUCGUAUAUUGUCAUUGGUUUUCUAUUCAUGUUAUUACCGAAAGAAUUUGAAGAAAAUCUUCAGCAAACAUUUUGUUGCGGCGGCCUGUGUAGGUAA